UCAUGUGACACAAACAGGAAGUGUCGCCGGAGUGCAGCAGCUGAAGCCAUGGCCCCGGAUCCCUGGUUAUCGAUAUACGACGACACGUACCACCUCGCCCAGGAGAUCGCCGAGAAGAUCCACCUCAGGGAACGAUGCUUGCGGAAUGGGGAGAAUCCAGCCAGGAUCACGGUGACCAUUCGCUCUCUCGUGAAGAAACUGAACGAGCGGAUCGCACAGCUGAGGGAUUCCCUCCUGAGAUCGGUGUCCACGCGUCAGAUCACCCAGCUGGAAGGGGAUCGAAGGCAGAACCUCAUCGAUGAGCUGUUGACCAAAGAACGGCAGCUUCAGAUGUCCCUGUCGAAUGAUGGGCCGGACCCCGACGUGGUCAGAUCGAGCCUGCUAAGCGGUGGAGCCUCAGGUAUCUCUAAGUACAACCCCUGGGUGCUGGAGGAGCCAGAAGAGACCAGGAAUCUGUCAAACAGGGAGCUGAAGCAACAGCAGCAACGGAUGAUAUCAGAACAAGAUGCCGGUUUGGAUGCGCUCUCCAACAUCCUGGGCCGACAGAAGCAGAUGGGCUACGACAUCGGGAACGAGCUGGACGAGCAGAACGAAAUCAUCGAUGAUCUGGCUAACCUUGUCGAAAGCACAGACUCGAGAGUCCGCAAUCAAACAAGACAGGUGAAACUUGUGGACAAGAAAAGCGGAGCUUGCGCCCUGUGGGUGCUCAUCGUCCUCCUCCUCAUCGCGAUCGUCGUCGUAGCAGUUUGGCCGACCAAGGCGUAAUCGUUGAUGACGGCCACCACCUGACGAUUCCUCAUCUUCCUACAGCAACGGAUCUCACACCAGAGGACCUUAAACGUAUUCUAAUCAACACAUAAUCGAUUCAUUUUCUGGAUU